GUCCUUUUGAAGGGAGGCCCUUAUGGGUCUUAUGUGCAGCUUGGUGAAGAUAGAAAAGGAUAUCUGCCCAAACGAGCAUCUGUAUCUCUGAUCAAGGAUUUGGGCUCGAUAACGCUGGAACAUGCUAUCGAUUUGCUUCGUUACCCUAUUACACUGGGAAAUCAUCCUGUAGAUGGCCUGCCAAUACAAAUAAAGAUCUCAAAAACAGGAUUUACCAUAAGGCAUCGACGUAACAUAGCUCCUGUGCCAAAGAGUGUGAUCGCUAAUGAUAUUGAUAUGGAGAAAGCUUUGUUGUUACUUAAUGGACCGGAUGUUAAAAGAUCUGGUCGACCAAAGGGUAAAAAGCGCUUGGAAGAAGAAGAAGCUGUCGAUGACAUUUAGGAUGUUGCCGGGGCAACAUGCUACUAUACAGACAUACCUUCUAAAAGCUUGAUACUUUUUGAUUAGUAUUUAGCUUUCAGGCAAUUCAGCAGCAAUCAUCGGCUUCAAAGAGCUGAUACACUUACAUAACAGCCCGGAUAUAGUAUGUUAAGCUGCGCAGUAAGAUGUACAAUCAAAGCAGCAUCGCGAGGGGCUGUAGUCAUGUGCUAUGUUGAGCAAAUUAGUGUUAGAUGGUUCUGAUUCUUUUUAAUCAUCAUUAGUCGCCCGUCCCUAUUUUUGGCUUCCGAUCACGGGCAUGUUUUAUUUGUUUGUCCAUAGUUUUAGUCUAUAAAGUAGAGUGUAUCUUUAGGGUUAUAAUCAAAAGAAGUUCCAAUUCCUUGAUAAUUGAUUAAUAUAGUUGUCAAUUUCAUUCCUACAUUAUAGGCUUUUACGAGUAAAUUGCUUUAUUUAUGUAAUAAGAUCAAAUUAAAAUCCUUUUGUUUUUAAGAGUGCUUUGAAUUUGAAGAUAA